AUGAUAUUUGGUCACCAGAAUCCAGCGAACGUAUUGCAUAGACGGCGCAAUUAUGCAAACACAAAUGCACUAACGGACUACGAGGCCGACCUGACAAGCAAAGAUCGCGCAAAGCAGAAGGAAGCGGUGAAGAAAUUCCUCAUGGACAGGGUCAGGCAGGACUGGAUGUGGGAAUGGCCACGACCAGAGCCCAAAUCCGACGAGUCGUCCCCCGAGCGAGAGCCGGAGCAACUCGAUGAAGCUAUACUGCAAGGGAAUUGGAAAGACAGGGACGAAUGGCUGAGCAAUGCGAGUGAGAGCGACGGAGAGCCGAGCAUACCAGCUGCUACAUCAAGUCCAGAUACGCCUUCUCCCACGAGCAAAAGUAGCCCUUUUCGAUUCGAGAGUCCAGAUGGCGUUGGAAUGACCAUAAAGAAGACUCAGAUGGAGCGCAAACGUCGACGAAAGAAGCGUUUAGCGGAGGAGAUAUCAUGGAACGACGGUCUUCGCUGCUUCGUUGCACGAAGAGAUGCAUGGACUGGUGCACGGCGAGUUUCCCGGUCUAAGUCGGGCUUUUCGGGUGUGAAGCCUGCUCAAAGAGCUUCAAUGUCAAGUGAAGACGGCGGCAGUUCCACGGCAAUCGAGCACGACGAAGAUGAUGAGUGGGAGGACGAGAUUGAAGUUCCAGUAGCACCAUCAAUCAUUCCGCCUGAAAAUGCCAUGCGAGCUUCUAUCUUACCUGCAGCUUACAACACGAUUUACGAUAAAGUUGUGGUUCAAGCCCUAACACCAAGCUGUCCCAUGAAUCUCAAGGACGUCACGAGAAGCUGUGUACAAGGGUGGAAACGUGAUGGAGAGUGGCCACCGAAACCGACCGUCCCGGAACAGAAGAAAAAGGGGAGGAAGAUGAGCAUUGCAAGCUUGUUCGGAGUCGAGAAGCACGAGAAAGAGGUCAAGGAAACGGUUAAAGCAAAUGAGAAAGAAAAGGACGCCGAGAAGAGGGGAGGCCCUGCUACCGGAAUCAGAAAAGGGUUGCAGAAGAUUCUGAGUUUGGGUCAUAGUACAAAGGAACAUACACAUACGAAUGGUCAUGAUGGUGCAAAGGGGAAGGAAGCGGAGGUUGCACAUGUGAGUUAA